CUGCUCUCUCCCCGGCCCGCGCCGCCGUUCCUCUGACUUUUGAGUCAAACCAAUAAUCACUGAUUCCCGUGUGGCGCUUUGCCCGUCGCCGGAGGCUUCCCGGUGCGUGGUGUCAUUUGAGCCCCUGCACAGCGCAGUGAGGUGGACCGGACCGGUACGGUUUUUUUUUUUUUUUUUUUUAAACAUUCCUACCCACAAGCACUCUCCAUCCUCCGCCCUCCGUUGCAGCAGAGGAAACUAAGGCUAAGGUACUGGGCCCAAGGACGGCGAGCGGUGGCCAUCUCUCAUAUCCGGGUGUUGGAGUGCCGUUCGUGGAUUAACCAGACUGAUUAAAGGGCUGAACGCGGCACGUUUUAUUCAGAUGCUGCUGGAACGUCGAAAUUGUAUUCUAUGGAAAGAAUCAUCCCUUCUUUGGGCUUCAGAGACCCAAGCUGAGGCACAAUGAUGAGACGAUGUGAUGGUCCACUCUGAUGUCAAUCUUGAGCGCUAGUGCCCAGAAGUGUGUCCUCAACGAAUAUUUGUGAAAUGAGCAAGUGAAGGCAAAGGGAUGGAUGAAGUCUCUCAGGCAAAGUGUAUAAGUUCUUUUUGGAGGUGGAUAUCUGCUCAGACAGUAAGAAUUGUAAGAGCUCUGAGAGGUCAUUUUGAAGGAAUAAUGGAUGAGCCCUCUCCCUUGGCCAAACCUCUGGAGCUGAACCAGCACUCCCGAUUCAUAAUUGGUUCCGUGUCUGAAGAUAACUCAGAGGAUGAGAUCAGCAGCCUGGUGAAGUUGGACCUACUGGAGGAAAAGGAGGGCUCUCUGUCACCAGCUUCUGUCAGCUCAGAUACGCUCUCUGAUUUGGGAAUCUCUAGCCUACAGGAUGGCUUGGCCUUACAGAUGAGGUCCAGCAUGUCUGGCAUGCACCUAGUAAAGCAGGGUCGAGACCGAAAGAAGAUAGACUCACAGCGAGAUUUCACCGUGGCUUCUCCAGCAGAAUUUGUUACUCGUUUUGGAGGAAAUAAAGUGAUUGAGAAGGUUCUUAUUGCCAACAAUGGAAUUGCAGCAGUGAAAUGCAUGCGGUCUAUUCGUCGGUGGUCUUAUGAGAUGUUUCGAAAUGAGCGUGCAAUCCGGUUUGUUGUCAUGGUCACACCUGAAGACCUUAAAGCCAAUGCAGAAUACAUUAAGAUGGCAGAUCACUAUGUGCCAGUGCCUGGAGGACCAAACAACAACAACUAUGCAAAUGUGGAAUUAAUUCUUGAUAUUGCUAAAAGGAUCCCAGUACAAGCAGUGUGGGCUGGCUGGGGUCAUGCUUCUGAGAAUCCCAAGCUCCCGGAACUUCUCUUGAAAAAUAGUAUUGCCUUCAUGGGUCCUCCAAGCCAGGCUAUGUGGGCUUUGGGGGAUAAGAUUGCAUCUUCCAUUGUGGCUCAAACUGCAGGUAUCCCAACUCUUCCCUGGAGUGGCAGUGGCCUUCGUGUGGACUGGCAGGAAAAUGAUUUUUCGAAACGUAUCUUAAAUGUUCCCCAGGAACUGUAUGAAAAAGGUUAUGUGAAGGAUGUAGAUGAUGGGCUGAAGGCAGCAGAAAAAGUUGGAUAUCCGGUAAUGAUCAAGGCCUCAGAAGGAGGAGGAGGGAAGGGAAUCAGAAAAGUCAACACUGCAGAUGACUUCCCUAACCUCUUCAGACAGGUUCAAGCUGAAGUCCCUGGAUCACCUAUAUUUGUGAUGAGACUAGCCAAACAAUCUCGUCACCUGGAGGUGCAGAUCCUAGCAGAUCAGUAUGGCAAUGCUAUCUCUUUGUUUGGUCGUGACUGCUCCGUACAGCGCAGGCACCAGAAGAUUAUCGAAGAGGCACCUGCUGCUAUUGCUCCUCCAGCAGUAUUUGAACAUAUGGAACAGUGUGCAGUGAAACUGGCCAAAAUGGUUGGUUAUGUGAGUGCUGGGACUGUGGAGUACCUCUACAGCCAGGAUGGCAGCUUCUACUUUUUGGAACUGAACCCUCGGCUACAGGUGGAGCACCCUUGUACAGAGAUGGUGGCUGAUGUCAACCUUCCUGCAGCACAACUCCAGAUUGCCAUGGGGAUCCCUCUAUAUAGAAUCAAGGAUAUCCGUAUGAUGUAUGGGGUAUCUCCCUGGGGCGAUGCUCCCAUUGAUUUUGAAAAUUCUGCUCAUGUUCCUUGCCCAAGGGGCCAUGUUAUUGCUGCUCGGAUCACUAGUGAAAAUCCAGAUGAGGGUUUUAAGCCCAGCUCAGGAACAGUUCAGGAAUUGAAUUUCCGCAGCAAUAAGAACGUUUGGGGUUAUUUCAGUGUUGCUGCUGCAGGAGGACUUCAUGAAUUUGCUGAUUCUCAAUUCGGUCACUGCUUUUCCUGGGGAGAAAACAGAGAGGAAGCAAUUUCAAAUAUGGUAGUGGCUUUAAAGGAGCUGUCUAUUCGGGGUGAUUUUCGAACUACAGUUGAGUACCUGAUCAAAUUGUUGGAGACUGAAAGCUUUCAGUUGAAUAGAAUUGACACUGGUUGGCUGGACAGACUGAUAGCCGAAAAAGUACAGGCAGAGCGACCCGACACCAUGUUGGGAGUUGUGUGUGGAGCUCUCCACGUGGCAGAUGUUAGCUUGAGGAAUAGCAUCUCUAACUUCCUUCACUCCUUAGAAAGGGGUCAAGUCCUUCCAGCUCACACACUUCUAAAUACAGUAGAUGUUGAACUUAUCUAUGAGGGAGUCAAGUAUGUACUUAAGGUGACUCGACAGUCCCCCAACUCAUAUGUGGUGAUCAUGAAUGGCUCAUGUGUAGAAGUAGAUGUGCAUCGGCUAAGUGAUGGAGGACUGCUCUUGUCCUACGAUGGCAGCAGCUAUACCACAUACAUGAAGGAGGAAGUGGACAGGUAUCGCAUCACGAUUGGCAAUAAAACCUGUGUAUUUGAGAAGGAGAAUGACCCGUCAGUGAUGCGCUCACCUUCUGCUGGGAAGCUAAUCCAGUACGUUGUAGAGGAUGGAGGCCAUGUGUUUGCUGGCCAGUGCUAUGCGGAGAUUGAGGUGAUGAAGAUGGUGAUGACUUUGAUAGCUGCAGAGUCUGGCUGUGUCCAUUAUGUCAAGCGGCCUGGAGCAGCUCUUGACCCUGGCUGUGUAAUAGCCAAAUUGCAGUUGGACAACCCCAGCAAGGUCCAGCAGGCUGAGCUUCACACAGGUUGUCUGCCACGGAUCCACAGCACCGCACUCAGAGGGGAGAAGCUCCACCGAGUUUUCCACUAUGUCCUGGAUAAUCUGGUCAACGUAAUGAAUGGAUACUGCCUUCCAGAUCCUUUCUUCAGCAGCAGAGUAAAAGACUGGGUAGAGCGGUUGAUGAAGACCCUCAGAGAUCCCUCCCUUCCUCUCCUAGAAUUGCAAGAUAUUAUGACCAGUGUAUCUGGCCGUAUCCCACUAAACGUGGAGAAGUCUAUCAAGAAGGAAAUGGCUCAAUAUGCUAGCAACAUUACAUCCGUUCUCUGUCAGUUUCCCAGCCAACAGAUUGCCAACAUCCUAGAUAGCCAUGCAGCUACACUGAACCGGAAAUCUGAACGAGAAGUCUUCUUUAUGAACACUCAGAGCAUUGUACAACUGGUGCAGAGGUAUCGAAGUGGCAUCCGAGGCCACAUGAAGGCUGUGGUGAUGGAUCUGCUCCGGCAGUACCUGCGAGUGGAGACUCAAUUCCAGAAUGGUCACUAUGACAAAUGUGUGUUCGCCUUACGGGAGGAGAACAAGAGUGACAUGAACACUGUACUGAACUACAUCUUCUCUCAUGCACAAGUCACCAAGAAGAAUCUUCUGGUCACGAUGCUUAUUGAUCAGUUGUGUGGCCGAGACCCUACUCUCACUGAUGAGCUACUGAAUAUCCUCACAGAACUAACCCAACUCAGUAAGACCACCAACGCUAAAGUGGCACUUCGAGCACGCCAGGUUCUUAUUGCCUCUCAUUUGCCAUCAUAUGAGCUUCGCCAUAACCAAGUAGAGUCUAUUUUCCUAUCAGCUAUUGACAUGUACGGACAUCAGUUUUGCAUUGAGAACCUGCAGAAACUCAUCUUGUCUGAAACAUCUAUUUUUGAUGUCCUACCCAACUUCUUUUAUCACAGCAACCAGGUAGUGAGGAUGGCAGCUCUGGAGGUGUAUGUUCGAAGGGCUUAUAUUGCCUAUGAACUUAACAGCGUACAACACCGCCAGCUCAAGGACAACACCUGCGUGGUGGAAUUUCAGUUCAUGCUGCCCACAUCUCAUCCAAAUAGAGGGAACAUCCCCACGCUAAACAGAAUGUCCUUCUCCUCCAACCUCAACCACUAUGGCAUGACUCAUGUAGCUAGUGUCAGCGAUGUGCUGUUGGACAACUCAUUCACUCCACCAUGUCAGCGGAUGGGCGGGAUGGUCUCUUUUCGGACUUUUGAAGAUUUUGUCAGGCUCUUUGAAGAAGUGAUGGGCUGCUUCUGUGACUCUCCACCCCAAAGCCCCACAUUCCCUGAGGCAGGUCACACAUCUCUAUAUGAUGAAGACAAGGUCCCCAGGGAUGAACCAAUUCACAUUCUCAAUGUGGCUAUCAAGACUGACUGCGAUAUUGAGGAUGACAGACUGGCAGCUAUGUUCAGAGAGUUUACCCAGCAAAAUAAAGCUACUCUGGUUGAGCAUGGAAUCCGGCGCCUUACUUUCCUGGUGGCACAAAAGGAUUUCAGGAAACAGGUCAACUAUGAGGUGGAUCAGAGAUUUCAUAGAGAAUUCCCUAAAUUUUUCACAUUUCGAGCAAGGGAUAAGUUUGAAGAGGAUCGUAUAUAUCGUCACCUGGAGCCUGCACUGGCUUUUCAAUUGGAACUGAACCGGAUGAGAAAUUUUGACCUCACUGCCAUCCCAUGUGCUAACCACAAAAUGCACCUGUAUCUUGGGGCCGCCAAGGUGGAAGUGGGCACAGAAGUGACAGACUACAGGUUCUUUGUGCGGGCAAUCAUCAGACAUUCUGACCUGGUCACCAAGGAAGCUUCUUUUGAAUAUCUACAAAAUGAAGGCGAGCGGCUGCUCCUGGAAGCCAUGGAUGAGUUGGAAGUCGCUUUUAACAAUACAAAUGUCCGUACUGACUGUAACCACAUCUUCCUCAAUUUUGUGCCCACAGUUAUCAUGGACCCAUCAAAGAUUGAGGAAUCUGUGCGGAGCAUGGUAAUGCGCUAUGGAAGUCGUCUGUGGAAAUUGCGCGUCCUCCAGGCAGAACUGAAAAUCAACAUUCGCCUGACACCAACUGGAAAAGCAAUUCCUAUCCGCCUCUUCCUGACAAACGAGUCUGGCUAUUACUUGGACAUCAGCCUGUACAAGGAAGUGACUGACUCCAGAACGGCACAGAUCAUGUUUCAGGCAUAUGGGGACAAACAGGGACCACUACAUGGAAUGUUAAUCAACACUCCAUAUGUGACCAAAGACCUGCUUCAAUCAAAGAGGUUCCAGGCACAAUCCUUAGGGACAACUUACAUAUAUGAUAUCCCAGAGAUGUUUCGGCAGUCUCUGAUCAAGCUCUGGGAGUCUAUGUACACUCAAGCAUUCCUUCCAUCACCACCACUGCCUUCUGACAUGCUGACGUAUACUGAGCUGGUGUUGGAUGAUCAAGGACAGCUGGUCCACAUGAACAGGCUUCCAGGAGGAAAUGAGAUUGGUAUGGUAGCUUGGAAAAUGACCCUUAAAAGUCCUGAAUACCCGGAAGGCCGAGAUAUCAUUGUUAUUGGCAAUGACAUAACAUACCGAAUUGGGUCCUUUGGGCCCCAGGAGGAUUUGCUGUUUCUCAGAGCGUCUGAGCUUGCCAGGGCAGAAGGUAUCCCGCGUAUCUAUGUAGCAGCCAACAGUGGAGCAAGAAUUGGACUGGCAGAGGAAAUUCGGCAUAUGUUUCAUGUGGCCUGGGUAGAUGCUGAGGAUCCUUACAAGGGAUACAAGUAUUUAUAUCUGACCCCUCAAGAUUAUAAGAGAGUCAGUGCUCUCAACUCUGUCUAUUGUGAACAUGUGGAGGAUGAAGGAGAAUCCAGGUACAAGAUAACAGAUAUUAUUGGGAAGGAAGAUGGAUUGGGAGUAGAGACUCUUCGAGGUUCUGGAAUGAUUGCUGGAGAAACCUCAUUGGCCUAUGAUGAGAUCAUCACCAUCAGCCUGGUGACAUGCCGGGCCAUUGGGAUUGGAGCGUACCUUGUCCGGCUGGGACAGAGAACCAUCCAGGUUGAGAAUUCUCACUUAAUUCUGACAGGAGCUGGGGCCCUCAACAAAGUCCUCGGGCGGGAAGUAUACACGUCCAAUAACCAGCUUGGGGGCAUCCAGAUCAUGCACAACAAUGGGGUGACCCACAGCACCGUGUGUGAUGACUUUGAAGGGGUCUUCACUGUCCUGCAUUGGCUGUCUUACAUGCCUAAGAGCAUGUACAGUUCAGUUCCCCUCCUGAACUCCAAGGAUCCUAUAGAUAGAAUCAUCGAGUUUGUUCCCACAAAGGCCCCGUACGAUCCCCGAUGGAUGCUUGCAGGCCGUCCUCACCCAACCCAGAAAGGCCAGUGGUUGAGUGGAUUUUUUGACUAUGGAUCUUUCUCAGAGAUUAUGCAACCCUGGGCACAGACUGUAGUGGUUGGCAGAGCCAGGCUAGGAGGAAUACCUGUGGGAGUAGUUGCUGUUGAAACCCGAACAGUUGAGCUAAGUAUCCCAGCUGAUCCUGCAAACCUGGAUUCUGAAGCCAAGAUAAUCCAGCAGGCCGGCCAGGUUUGGUUCCCAGACUCUGCAUUUAAGACUUAUCAGGCUGUGAAAGACUUCAACCGUGAAGGGCUGCCUCUGAUGGUCUUUGCCAACUGGAGAGGCUUCUCUGGUGGGAUGAAAGAUAUGUAUGACCAAGUGCUAAAGUUUGGUGCUUACAUCGUGGACGGCUUGCGUGAGUGUUCCCAGCCUGUGAUGGUUUACAUUCCUCCCCAGGCCGAGCUGCGGGGCGGCUCCUGGGUUGUGAUUGACCCCACCAUCAACCCCCGGCACAUGGAGAUGUAUGCUGACCGAGAAAGCAGGGGAUCGGUUCUGGAGCCAGAAGGGACAGUAGAAAUCAAAUUCCGCAAAAAGGAUUUGGUGAAAACCAUGCGUCGGGUGGACCCAGUCUACAUCCGCUUGGCUGAGCGAUUGGAGACCUCAGAGCUAAGCCCAGCUGAGCAGAAGGAGCUGGACAACAAGUUAAAGGAGCGGGAAGAAUUUCUAAUUCCCAUUUACCAUCAGGUAGCUGUGCAGUUUGCUGACUUGCACGACACACCAGGCCGGAUGCAGGAGAAGGGUGUUAUUAACGACAUCCUGGACUGGAAAACAUCCCGUACCUUCUUCUACUGGCGGCUGAGGCGUCUCCUGCUGGAGGACCUGGUCAAGAAGAAAAUCCACAAUGCCAACCCUGAGCUGACUGAUGGCCAGAUCCAGGCCAUGUUGAGGCGCUGGUUUGUGGAGGUAGAAGGAACCGUGAAGGCCUAUGUUUGGGACAAUAAUAAAGAGCUGGUGGAAUGGUUGGAGAAACAGCUGACAGAGGAAGAUGGUGUUCGCUCAGUGAUAGAGGAAAACAUCAAGUAUAUCAGCAGAGACUAUGUCCUCAAGCAGAUCCGCAGCUUGGUACAGGCCAACCCAGAGGUUGCCAUGGAUUCCAUUGUCCACAUGACUCAACACAUCUCACCCACUCAGCGAGCAGAAGUCAUACGGAUCCUUUCCACGAUGGACUCCCCUUCAACGUAGGAAGAGCCUCCUGUCCCCUCCCUGCCCUGCCUCCUGAGAAAUGGCCAGAGCUGCCUUUUACCACUGAAACCAAUGUAAUGAGAAGGCACAGGAGACCCACCUCUGGAAUCAAAGUGGCAUUUUGCAUCCCCUUGAAUGUGUUCAGGUUAUGCAUGACAUAUACUGGGCUAUGAGAUCACUCCCGCUCACUGGUCACACCUAUCCCAUUCAGUAUUUAUUACCCUGGCUGUAGUUAUCACCCUGUCUACCCUCACAGGACCUGAGAAGACAAUGAAGGGUACAAGCACGUACCGUGAGGUCUUACUGCACAAAAGCAGGCUGCCCGUCCUCUCCUGACAGCCCUUGGUCCCAUCAUGGGGAAGUGAGAGGAGUUGCCAGGCAGUCAGCAGCCCUGCCUCACCCCAGCUCCAUGAGCCUGCAGCUCCAGGCAAACAGAGGAGGGCUGGGGCUGAGGUGACCGCCCAGCACAGUGCUGAGGAGCAGAGGAAGCCUCAUGUCAGUUGUUUCUUUAGCCCCACAUUCAGCCCAGCACACUAGACACUGGCAAGGAGUCACUCCCAGUUAAACCACACUGAGAUACUGGUUCAUUAGGAAGGAAUUAGAGCAUGAAAUUUACCACAAGCUCCACAGGAACUCAAAGAUGAGGGUAAAACCAUGAUCCAAGAAGCAGAAGGAAGAAAAUAAACCCAAGUCGUCAUUCUUGACUGAGAGGACCUCAACCUUGGGUUAAAUUCUCUUAGAUGGAAUGGUGGUUGACCUGCCACUGGCCUGGACAUCACUGCUUGACUGGCUGUUGCACCUGGCAGGCAGCCGCCAGACCAGCACCUGAGAGGCCCCAGCCCUUUGCCAGGGGCCCCACAAGCACUGCUAUAGCCUGAGUUGGUGGGGAGAGUCAAAUGGAAUUGCCCUGUACUGUUGCUGGUGGAAACUAGUUAUUCAUACCACAGGGAGAGCAGGCCAGAUAGCCUCUUUCUGGGACUUGGAAGAUUGUUACAAGAGGCUCAUGGUGUCUACAGAGUCACUCAUCUUUCUCUACAAGGCAAGUGUGACCAACUCUCUGAGCAGCUGACAUUCCUGCCCUGUUUGGUCUUGUCUCUUCCCCAGACUGUACACAGCCAAGAGGUGCAGCAGGUCUCCCUGCAGCUGCUGAAAGGAACCCUGGUGACAUCCCGCCCUCCCCGGUGUGGGGACGCGUCCGAGGACCCACACGACUUUAAGAAUAUCUACAACUCAGUAAUGGUGCUGUGGUCUUCCAGGCUUACUGCUCCCUUUCUGGCCUCCUCAGGGGUAGUGGAGAGAGUUAUUUUCAACCACCAGUUCGUUCUAGAAAAGUGCUUACUGGCUCACCCACCUGUAUUCCUAAAGCAAGAGUGGCGGGGGGUCAGGGCUGGGGUAGCACCCAGUUCCUGCGGUGCAGCUAACUGCAUUUGUCACUGAUGACCGCAGAGGGAAUCAUUAAGACAUUAGAAUGAAAAGUAUGAGUACUUAUGUACAAGCUACAGUUUUGAGCCUUAACCCUAGUUCACACACAAGAAAAGAGCUCCACCACCCCUUCAGGAACUGUUUGUGUAGAUGGCUUGGCUGGACUUCUCAGCAGUUCUGAAUUGCAGGUGGGCACUUUAUGUGCAAAUGGUUCUGAUGACACAUGUGGCUGGGUACAUCACCAACUGCCCCCAGGAGCUCAGAGCUGCAGCCAGGCUGCCCCCAUGGAAGGCGCAGUGUUUGGCACCAUCAAAGCAGGGUGGGAAAAACAGGGAACAAUUCUCAGUCUAGGAAGUAACACCACUGUUGCUGGUUACUUGCUUACCCAGUAAGAACUGGAUGAAUCUUAGGUCAGAUUAUUCCUCUGCAUGUUUCUGUAAUAAAUACAGUGGCACGUCCCUACAGGUGAGCUGAAGUCCUGCACUUCUCAAUUGGCCUGUCUUCACCUGUACUUGAGCUGACAUUUCUUCAGAGGCAGGAUGGGUUAUACUCUUUUUACCCCCUCCCCAAAUUAUGACACAUUAAAUGAAGACAUUUCCUCUCCAACACCCUUUAAUGCCUACUCCCCAGCCUUCCCAACUUUAGGUCUUACCCUGGACAGGGAUUUUUCACAGGGAGAAGUCAGAAAGCACCAGAGAACAGGAGCAAUCUGAUAGUCCUACAGCCCAUUACACAUGCAAGGUUACUGAGGCAGGAGGAGUGUAAAUGAUGUAUUGACCAAGACUCGCCCGAACUGAGAUUGCCAUAUUAUCUCUUCACUUGUUCACAAAGCAGCCUUCAACUUGUCUCGGUGAGAAUUCGAUGGACACAGACCCUGAUGAGCAAGGAGCUUCAGUCAGGUGCACUUUUUUCACAUUUUGUUGAAAUAAACCUCCACAUUUGUAGAAGAGUCACUGUUUGUCAUUUCAGCCCAUGCUCAGCCACCUCAUCCAUUCCACUCUCAGCAGGAGAGUAGGGGCACAGUGGUGGGUGAGCCCCGUCAUGGCCCUGCACCAUGUUCCUACCCUUUGUCUCUUGAACUCACAUAAGAAUGAGCAGGGGAAGGUGGUAAAAAGCUGGCCUCGGCCAGCCAUGGCUUACUGGCUGAACUGAGGUAAAAAUGCCACAAGGCUGUCAAUACUCUGGAACUCCACAGCUGAGAGUCAUUUCUGUUGUUUUUCCGAGAUUGGGUUUAGGGCAGGCGCGAGAAAGGCCACAAGGAAGAAGGAACGUGGCUCACCAGUAGCAUGUGCUGAGCAGGAAAGCCACCUGAAAACCUUUGAAGCCCCGAGUCGGUUCUCUCUCAGAAGUCUCCUUCCCAGCAGGCAGUACACUGAGAAGGUUCUAAUAUGCUCAGUAAUUAACACUGGGACCAAAUGGCAUUAGAUAUUAGAGAUUUUAUGGAAAGGUUUUAGAUUCUCUUCAUCAUUAACUAGCUAUUAAUGCUUUUUGAAGUCAGACCUUGGGCACAGGAAGGCACUAGGGCAAGAGACAGGACUGUGUGCCUUUAACCUCUACCUCAGUUUCCCUGAAAAGGCACUCUAUGAACCCGCAUGGUUGAGGCACGAACAAACCCCAAUCCCUAAAGAUCCACAGAGAAAGGUGCAGGCCACAAGGAAGUCAGGAAGGGAAUUACUGGCCUUUGCUGAUUGCUGAAACUCAGUGCUACGUCCAUCUCCCUCUUUGGAAUAUGUGGUAAAGCAAAGGGUGACUUUUUCUAAAACGAAAUAAAAUGUUACAUUAAAAAAAAUAUUUGAAUCACUCUUAAACCAGAUGUAACAGGAAGGGUGAUUCAGGAUCCAGUGGGGAGAUUGCUGCUGUUUGCCUGCAGCUGCCACGCUCUAUGAGCAGGGAAUCCUGGUCAGCGUUGAGGCCCUCCACUCGGCAGGCAGACAAGAACAAGAUCGCAUGGCACGGACCCUAAGCGUCCGCAGUCUCAGCCAGCACCUGUUGGUGGUUCUGAGGAAGGGCAGCAAGAUUAAUGGAAAAAGUGAUGAUACUGCCUUUUCUUGUGGGAAGUUGCCUGAUACUUAUAGUGUUUUCUUCUGGGGAGUCACAUUUCCUUCCCCAGUCUUUAAUUAAAAA